AAUUUACUAAGUGGUCUGAGGUAACCACUCUGCCAUUGCGACCAGUCAAUGUCAUCUUAUGUACCCUGAUGUUUUUGCGGAAGGAGGCGUGGAUCCAGAUUACACGCGUCAUCUUCGGAGCUCUCCGUGGUGCUGAAGUUGAAAGCGUCAUGCGACGCUUCAGCAAAGAGAACGCUGCUGAACACAAGAAGAAGCCCCCAGCACUCUGACACAACCAAUCAGCCGAAAUAAAUUAACACCUCGCAAGAAAACAUAGAAAGGAAUGACAGGAGGAAAUAGAUUCGUUUAUGUAACACUUUAGUUUUUACAGAGUGAAAGUUUCAACCCGGAUUAUGACAUCCAACCCGGAAAAUUUGAUACCCGCCAAGCAGGCUGUCCGAAUCUACCACACCAACUACGUGAGGAACGCGCGAGCGAUCGGUGCCAUGUGGAUAGUUCUCACCAUCGUGUACGCCGUCAUUAACAUGUGUGUGUUCAUCCAGCCGUACUGGAUCGGAGACAGCGUCAACACGCCACAGGCGGGCUACUUCGGCCUGUUCCACUACUGCAUCGGCAACGCGCUUACCGGCGAGCGCACGUGCAAGGGCAGUGCGCUGGACUUCGGCUCCAUCCCCUCGAGCGCGUUCAAAACGGCCAUGUUCUUCGUAGGGAUCUCCAUGCUGCUGGUGGUCGCCAGCAUCGUCUGCUUCAACCUAUUCUUCUUCUUCAACUCGGGCAGCGUGUACAAGAUCUGCGCCUGGAUCCAGCUGGCCUCCUGUGGUUGUAUGGUCAUCGGCUGUCUGAUUUAUCCUGACGGCUGGGAUUCGCCGGAGGUGAAGCGCAUGUGCGGGCAGAGGACGGAUAAGUACACGCUGGGGAACUGCACGGUGGUUGUAUGGCCAUCGGCUGUCUGCUUUAUCCUGACGGCUGGGAUUCGCCGGAGGUGAAGCGCUUGUGUGGGCAGAUGACGGAUAAGUACAAGCUGGGGCACUGCACGGUGCGCUGGGCCUUCAUCCUGGCCAUCCUCGCCAUCCUUGACUCGUUCUUCCUCUCCUCUCUGGCCUUUG